GUGGCGAAUGGAGAUCUCUUGGUUCUUGCUGUGCAAGUUGGUUCUGUCCUGGCAACCGGGUCCAAAGAUGGCACCGCCAGGCUCUGGGCCGUCGAAACGGGAAUGUGCUUGCGAGCCCUUGCAGGGCACUGCCACAGCGUUGUCAGCGUCGAGUUUGCGCCCAGUGGCAGCACCGUCGCCACGGCCUCUCUGGACGGCACUGCUCGCAUUUGGAGCGUCGAGACCGGCUCCUGCUUAGCUGAACUUGCCGGCCAUGCAGAUGAAGUCUAUUCCGCAACCUUCGCGCCGUCGGGCGGACAGGUGCUCACGGCCUCACAAGAUCACACUGCACGAGUCUGGUCCGUGGAUGGCACAUGCGCACACGUUCUAGACAAGCACCUGGGCGCUGUCUCCGCGGCACGGUUCUCGCCGGAUGGCUCUCGCAUCGUGACAGCCUCCACUGAUGGCACGGCGCGUGUGUGGGAGCCCGUCUUCGGCAAGUGCCUGCUGACACUUCAGGGUCAUGGCGGCUCUGUGUCCAUCGCCGAGAUUUCGCCCGACAGCACCAUGUUGCUGACCAGCGCCCUCGACACGCAGGGCGUCUUGCUGCGGGAUGCCAGGUCCGGACAGGUCCUGAGGAGCCUUGGCAAUGGGCUGCUCGUACACACAUCUGACUUCUCCCCUGACGGCUCCAUGAUAGUCGCUGCGUGUUGCGAUUGGAUUGCACGACUGUGGAACUGCGCUGAUGGUCGGUGCCUCCAGGAGUUCCGACACGAGGCGCAGCUCAGGCGUGCAAACUUCUGUGCUGAUGGAUCCUUGGUUGUAACGAUCUGCGCGAACCACAAGGUUUUCGUUUGGCAGGUAGCUACGGGCAAGCUGGUCCAGGAGAUGGGCCACGCUGAUCCGGUGGCUUGUGCUACAUUUAGCCCUGACAGCGUUCAGCUUGUCACGGGCGGAGAGGAUGCAGUUGCCCGGGUGUGGGAUGUCACGAGUGGAAGCUGCAAUGUCGUGCUUGCGGGACACGAGGCCCAACUCACGAGCGCGGCCUUUUCGCCUUGA